UAGAGUCGACAAUCUAUUUUGUGCGGUUAAAAGAAUUAUUAUUAAUUUAUAAUAAUAUUAAAUUAGUUCCAAACUAAGUCAAACUUGUUUUAAAAUUAAAAAUAAGUUUUUUUUCAAUAAAUGAGCAGAAAAAAUUGAACUAUAUUUCGGUAUAACUGCGAAGAAUUUUACUAGUUAAUUAGCUAUUUCAAUAGAAAUUUGCGUUUAAGAAUUGUUAAGUAAAGUUAGAAAGAAUAUUCCGCUUAUUCGAUUUUAACUAUUCAUUUUUGGUAUAAAAAUAUGUAAUAAAAAAAACUUUACGCUUAAGCAAUUAAAUAAGAAUUUAUUAAGAAUAAAAAUUGAUUUUGCAUCACCAAUUGUAUUGUUUACCUAUUAAACCCAUAUACAUUUGUUGAGCAACAUUAUUUUAAUUUUUCCAAAAAUAUAAACAAAGUAAAAAUAGGGAUUUAGAGAAAUAGAAUUUAUUAUUUAAAAACAUAGAGCCUUUAAAAUGGCAUAUUAUUUUUUAUUAUCGCCGCAAUUAUUGGCACAACAACAGCUAUUACCAGCAAAUCAACAGCAGCUCUUAGCACAACAAAUAAUUCAAUCGCAACAACUACAACAAGGUGAAGAUUUAAUCCAACAGAGAUCUGAUGCAAUAGAUUUGACAGAUGAAGAUGUUGAAGAGAAAAAAUUUAAAAUAGAACCCAGACAUGGAGUUUACGCACAAUAUGAAGACGCACCUCAACAUCAUAUAAAUUCUUGGGAACAGCAACAUCAUCAAAAUUCUCACCACCAUCACCAAUCAAGUCAAGCGCAACAAUCCCAUCAUCAGUCUUUAACAGGAAGUCAUCAAUACCAAUCUAUAGAUCAAAAUGAAAUAUGGCAUUCUGGAUCUGAACCUACAACAUCUGAUGAAUGUGUAAUACCUGAAGAAAAUAUUUCCAACUAUGAAACUGUUAUUGAAACAGAGGAAGUUGUUGAAGAGUUACCUUCACCACAGAAUAGACAAAAACAUUCAGAAACAGGAAAUUUUGAACCCGAACCAGUGCAAACAGCUCAAAAAGAAAAAACAUUAGUUGAUUAUAUAGCACGAUAUCCAUCCAAAUGUGGUGAAAUUUAUUUAAGUAAAACAAAACAAUAUAAAAUAAAGUGUCAUUACUGUAAGGAAAUUAUCGAGGGCAUCACUAGAUACAUUGAACACAUCAAUGAAAGCCACUUUCCGUAUAAUACUGAUGUUCAUGAUAUCAAAGUUGCAGAUUUCGAUGCUGAAAAAUGUGGAAAUGUAUUCAUGUCAAAUACAUGUUCGUUUCUUUAUGUUUGCACAGUAUGCAAUAAGCCAUUUGAGGAUUUUCAACAGUUUUCAAAACAUAUUAAUGAAUAUCAUUUGAACAUUCUUUUAGGAAAUCCGAAAACGUUUUUGGACGCAUUUCAAUUGUUUGCUAAGAAGAUGGAAGAAAAAACUGAGUUUGUCAACGAAAACACCGUUCACAAAACAACAUCAAAAGUUCGCGGAUCAAAAACUUUGAAAGAAGCGAGAGAAAACACCACACCAAUUCGUUCUCAAGCAAAAUCUCAACCUCAAAAAUGUGAUUUAUGUAAUUAUCAAUGUCGUACUCUUAAACAAUUAGCAAAACAUAAUGAGCUCCAUGUGAUGCAAAAUCCCCGCCUUCAAUUGCAACAACAAACGCAAAAUCAACAGCAUCAGCAACUCCAACAAAAUCAAAACCUUUAUUACGGUAAUUAUUCCCGAACAACUGAUGCAGAAGAAGCUAGAUUAGCGGCUGAAUUUAUUUUAUCGUGAAUUAUGAUCGAGAUUUGGUACUUUUAAAUAAAAUUUUAAAGUUGGUUAAUUUUAACAUUUGUUUUUCUUUAUUUUCAUCUCCUUAAUACUUUAAUUUCUGUAAUAUUAAGAUUUUUUUAAUAAGUUCAUAAUUAUAAAGAAUUAAUUUUUUUUUUUAAUUAGAAGAAUAAAACAUUGUGUAUAAUAUUGUGUUUCUAUUUUAAAAUACAAAAUUAUAUUAAUUGCAAAAUUGUUUUGUUCGGAAUAUCGAAAAAACUUCAAAGGUAAAUUAUGU